UUUCAGUUUUUUGAGGGGAAUUUUCUCCUCUUAUCUCCUCUGUAGGAUUAUUUUAUAUUAACAACCUGUCACUGUUCAUCCAAGAUAUCUUAUCUUUUGUAGAUACAUUUCGUACAGACAGUGUGCGUACAUUAAUUAUAUAUACGUACAUCGUUUCGAAUGAUCGCAGUAUUCUGCAGUGUUCUGCAGUUUGCGUCGAAUGGACAGCAAAACACUUUAGCCAUUUAUACUUUGAUAUUUUAUUUAUAUUUUAAAAGUUAGAAGGACGAUUGGAUCAGUUUAAAAAAUGUCCAACACGUUUCUAUAUUUUGCCUACGGUAGCAAUUUAUUCACAAAAAGGAUACGUUUAGAUAAUCCAACUGCAGUAAUGAAACACAUAGGAUAUAUAAAGAAUUUUAGAUUGGAUUUUAACAGAUAUUCUAAACGAUGGCGUGGAACAUCAGCAACAAUUGUAGAAACAGAAAAUUCAGUUGUGUGGGGUGUAGUCUGGGAAUUACAUAAAUGCAAUUUAGCUACAUUAGACUGCCAAGAGAGUGUUCAGGAUAACAUAUAUCGUGCGAUGUCGGUGAACGUUGAAACUCCUGAUGGUAGAACUCUAAACUGUAGAGUAUAUCAGCAGUGUAACAAUCCAAAAGAAUAUAUAAAACCAGAAGACUUUCCAAUAGAUAAGAGGCCUUCACCGUUAUAUCUGAAUAUGAUUUUAAGAGGAGCUGAGGAAAACAAUCUUCCCUUUGAGUAUAUAAAAUUCUUAAAAACUAUCCCGCACAAUGGAUAUGAAGGAGAAUAUGACAUUAGAAGUCUACGGGGACAACUUACUCGCAGAGAGGAUACGUUUAAAUAAUCCGACUGCAGUAAUGAAAGACAUCGGUUACAUAAAGAAUUUCAGGUUGGAUUUUAACAGAUAUUGUAAACGAUUUCGUGGAAUAACCGCAACAAUUGUAGAAACAGAAAAUUCUCCAAUUGUAGAAACAGUUAUAGAACAACUGUUGUAGACAGUUUGUAGAAAUUGUAGAAACAGACGAUUUUCCAAUAAAUAAGAGACCUUCGCCAUUUGCAAUCAUGUGUAAUUUAAAAAGCAACUGCACUAAUUUGAAUACGAUUGUAAUUAUAUGAAAUUUACCGUAAUUAUUUCACGCAGGAAUAUGCUAUUAAAAGGGGCUAAGGAAAACAA